CGCUGCUGCUACUGCUGCUACUGCUGCCGCUGAGCAAAGUACGGAAAUAUUCACUUGAUGAGUUCCCGUUUGCGCUCAGCCUAUUCUACAAAAGUAGACCAUAGUGCCCACCUUUGCUGUUUGUUGGUGGGCUUUUCUUAUUUACCUGACUCUUACUUCCAACCGGUUUACCCCAUAAUUUCCCACCCUUCGCCUACACAUCUACAUCUACAUCUACUACACGAUCGAUCUCCCCCUCCCGAUCGGCCGUGAUGGAAAUCUCUCGAGUCCUGAAUUACAUUGACGAAGCGCCCAAAUGGGUGGGAAUGGGGGGCACGGACGAGAUCAGACAACUACCCAGACAACUACCCAGACAACUACCCAGACAACUACCCAGACAACUACCAAGACAACAACCCGAACCCCAGCCAUCGCCUGAACGACAAAGCCAAUCGUCCGAAGAACCCUCCCCGCUCCCCCUUGCCCUUCCCUUCCCCCGAUCGACCAUCACCACCCCAACCCCAACCACAACCACAACCACCACCUCUACCACCACCCCCACCACCACCCCGAACCCUCCCUCACAUACCAUAAUCCGCAACAAGAAACCCAUCCCGCGACAGGCGGGACGCGGAUACGCCCCGAAGAGCCGAGCCGCGCUGGCGUGCAACUCGUGUCGACAGGGGAAAUUCAAGUGCACCGGCGAGAAGAACCAAUGCCAGCGGUGUGCCAUGUUGGGCAAGCAAUGCUGGUACCCGGCCCAUAAGCGUGAGCGGAUCCAGAGGGAGAUGGAUCAACUGGUCACGGAGGCGAAUGAGUAUCGAUUGAUGCUGGAGCUGCUGCUGUCCCGGGUCAAUAAAGAAGAUGCGGAGGAUAUUUCGGCCCUGCUGUUCAAGUACGAAAAGUAAGGGUGAUGGGGCGUCAAGUUGACUUGACCCUUGCAUCCCUCGACAAACAAUUACUCGACGACUGGAUCGGCGAAUCUCCCGACGGCUCUGGAGAAAACAUGGGGCGGAAAUCCAUGC